AUGGAACGUUUUACACCGAGCAGUGUGCUUCUUUCUUUAACUUCCAACACCUCAAACGGAGCUGAUGAUGAGAAUUGUAUGCUAGUCAACACUUCUACAAGUGUAAUUAUAACGGGUGCGUACAAUGGAAUUCCUCAGACCUUGAUAUUAAAUUUGAUAUCGUGGACAUGUUUAAUUUUAUUGUUCACGGUUUUACGACGCACUGCGUGGAAUUAUGGACGUAUGGCCCUGGUUCAACGUUCGAGGAGUCGCUGGACGAGUUUAUUCUUUCGAGGAGGAGACAACGAUUCACUGGUGGAAAGACGUAGUAGCACUGACGAGUCUCUAAACAUCGAUGAAGGAUUCUUCACUUGGCUGCCCGUAGUAUUCCGUCUCACCCGCGAGCAAGUUCUCGCGAAGUGUGGACCAGAUGCAGUUCAUUACUUAUCUUUCCAAAGACAUGCAAUAACUCUCAUGUUUAUUGUAGCUAUGGUCGCAAUUGGUAUUAUUCUUCCAAUUAAUUUUUCAGGAACUAUGCAAGCUGACUCUAGUACAUUCAGUAGUACUACACUUUCUAAUAUAAAUGGUAGAUCUCCAUGGUUGUGGGUUCAUACAAUUUUAAGUAUAUUAUUUUUACCUCUAUCUGUUUUGAUAAUGCGAAGAUGCACUGGUAGAAAACCAGUCCCAACAUCUAUGACUGGAACAAUAAUGAUUACGAACAUAUCAAAAGCUGAUAGAAAUGAGGCAACUAUAAGAGCUUACUUUACUCAUAACUUCCCUCAUAUUCAAAUUGUGGACUUGCGUCUAGCUUAUAAUAUUAACAAGUUAAAUGAGGUACAAGAAAGGAAGGAAAUGGUGACUGAAGCUCUUAUUUACUCAGACACAUAUUUUAGAAAGACCGGCAAAAGAAUUAUGGUAAAACCAAGUUUAUGUGGACCAGAGGUUGAUGCUUUAGAAUAUUAUACAAAUGAAGAGAAACGUCUCAAAGAUGAAGCCAAAAGGUGUAGGGCUAUAGUAUUAAACGAUCCUCUUGGUAUUGCAUUCCUAACCUUACCCUCUUACCAAUUAGCUGAUCAUGUAAUUAAUCACUUCAGUUUACAUCGAGGAUGGGUUUUGCAACAUGCUACCAAUCCUUCAGAUAUUAUUUGGGAAAACUUAAGUGUCCAGCCUGGAGUCUGGUAUAUUAAAGCGAUUUUUAUCAAUGUUAUCCUAUUCAUUGUGCUUUUCUUCCUAACAACACCAGCUUUUGUUGUUAAUGUUUUUAAUUCAAGAGUUGCUAAGCCAGAAACUAUGACUAAAAUAGGCAGUUUAAUUUUCGAAUUUCUCCCUACAUUACUUCUUUGGACCAUGGCUGCAGUAAUGCCAGCAAUUGUGGCAUUUUCUGAUAAAUUCCUUUCACAUUGGACUAAAUCUCAACAAAACUAUUCUAUUAUGACAAAAACCGUAUCAUAUCUUCUACUUAUGACUUUAAUUUUACCGUCUCUGGGUUUAGCUAGUGCAGAAGCUUUUGUUACUUGGACUCUCCAUCAUGAAAACAAUACAAUGCGUUGGGAUUGUGUAUUUCUACCUGAUAAGGGUGCAUUGUUUGUUAAUUAUGUAAUAACUUCAGGAUUUAUAGGAACAUCACUUGAAUUGAUUCGUUUUCCGGAAUUAUUCCUUUAUGUCUGGUAUCUACUACAGUCUAAAUCUAAAGCUGAAAAGAGCUACGUGAAAAAGGCGAUCUUAUACGAAUUUCCAUUUGGAGUUCAUUAUGCCUGGAGUCUUGCUAUUUUCUCCAUCACCAUGGUAUACAGCCUUGCUUGUCCUCUCAUUGCACCUUUCGGCCUUAUCUAUUUUAUUUUAAAACAUAUAGGCGAUAAACAUAACUUAUAUUUUGCAUAUGGUCCAUGUGAUAUGAGUGGGGUAGGAGGAGGACGAAUUCAUUCUACAGCAGUGAGACUUAUCCGUGUUUCGGUUUUGCUACUUUUGAUUAGUAUGGCAGCUUGGGCUGGACUGCGAGCUGGGUUUGAAGCUCGAACUAUUAUCUUAAUUAUGGCUUCAAUAGUAGCCUUUGGAACGUUUUUAUUAUUGAGUCCAUUUCCAAGUUGUACUCCUCCAGCGCCGUUGCAAGAGGAAUCUAGAAUUCGCUUCCCAGAGUAUGUAGCACCUGUUCUCGCAAAAUCCAUAGACUCCCCACCAACUACCAGUCCAUCGACUCCAGAUUAUGGCGCAUCAUCGCCUGUCACCUCAUACAAUCCAGAUCCCAUAAAUAUA